AUGGACAAGAAAUUAUUCGCGCUUGUUCAAUGGAUCGGCGGAGAAUAUCGCGAUACUUAUACGCCUGGUGUGCCAGUGGAAUGGAUUUUUGACUUCGAUCCGAAAAAAUUCGAGACGGAAGAUGACGAAUCGUAUGUGAUUGAAUGGCGAGAUGGUAAACAACCAAAAAAAGGUUGGAAAUGUUAUGAUGCUAAGGUUCUGCAAUUAUCUAAUAAUAUCAAGUCACUUAAAAAUCAGAUCGCAAUUUUGGAAGGUGAAAUCUCUCCCCUUCGGCCAGUGAAAAUGCUGAAAUCAUUAAAACAAGAUAUAAAAAAUAAAAAAUUGAUCAAAUCAAGUUCAUCAAAGAAGAGAAAUUUGGAAUCAGAGUUUGACGAGCCACCGUCAGUUUCCGGUCUUUCUGAUUAUCAAAAUCCAAAAAAUCACACUGCCAAAUCUAAUGAUAGUACGACAGAUGAUAAUAAUUUAUUGAGUGAUCUAGAAGAUAGCGGUAGUGAAAACGAGGGUAGUGCAACUGAAAAGUCAAAUGCAUCUGGAAGUGAAAACGAGAGUGAAAGUGUAUCUUCAAACUCUUGGCGUAAAGACACACGAGUUAUUAAAAAAGCAUUACUGAGGUUAUGUAAGGAAGUCAAAGAAGUUAAGGAAAUACAGGCAAACAUCAUAAACGAGCAAAUUAAUCGAGGGGGUCAAAAUGGAAAUCCUGAUCAAGUUGAAAUCGGUCAUGAAGGCUCUGGAGUAUUGGUUUCACGUGCACAAUGGGAAACUGCCAACUCAAGAAAUUCUUUUCAAAAUAUGGCAGUUUCGUUAGUAAGCUCAUUAUUCGAAAAUGAAGUUUUAUUAGCGAGUAACUUGAGAGGCGGAAAAAGCAGGAUUGAUAAAAAUGCUCAACGAAAACCAGGGUUGGAUGCAACCAUUAUUUCUGCGAUUACGGAAACUGUCAAAAAUAAAUUUCCGGCAGAUUACAAAAGAACUUUAUUUGGUAUGGCAAUCAACAAUCAUUUGACUGAUUUACGCCGGAAAAAUAAAGUAGCUGCUGCUGCUGUUGCUGAUGCUGCCGUUGGUGAUGAAGGACAAAACCAACAAGGAUAAUAUCAUUGCAAUUUGGGUUGCAAUGUGAUUAGUGUUAAAAUUAAAAAUGUUAUUAAUGUUAAAAUUUCUUUGUCUUAACUAUAAAAGACUUAUGUGUUGAAUUAACAGAAUUUAUAUAAAAAAAAGUGUCAAAUAAAUUCACAAAA